AUGGCGGCCGGCAGACCUGGGGGGGGCAUGCAAGAGGUAUUGGAGGGAGAGACGCCGGCACAAAGGUCGCGGGAAGAACAGUACCUAUCCCGCAAGCGUCCCCCAGCUUCCCCCUAUCGCCAGCAGUACCUAUCCCGCAAGCGUCCCCCAGCUUCCCCCUAUCGCCAGCAGGGCUCAAUUGCCUGGAGCCCGUUCAGCCCAUCCCCCAGUUCACUUUGCCUGUGGGAUCUCCCCGUUGCUCCUGCCCCUGGUCUGAGUGGCAGGCCAUCCUACAAGCACCGGGACACUUCACAUCAGUGGUGUCAAGACAAUCGUUCCGUGAUCCUGCAAGCCCUGUCUUCCUUCCGGGAUCAGCAAGCCAGUGCUGUGUGCUCCGAAUUCCAGGGCAUCCUCCAGCUCAGCCACUGCACUGAGCACAAGGACUCUCUGUGGGGCCCAGGAGCAGGAAGUCACCCCUUUGGGGCCCGCAACACCCGGCUGUCCCCAGACUCGUGACCAGGGAAGGUAUUGUUGAGGGCCCUGAAGGAGAGCAGGGCAGGGAUGCCUGAGCAGGACAAGGACCCCAGAGUCCAAGGAUUUGAUGAUCACCGAAGGGUCCCUGAGGUCACCGGGGAUGCACGCUCUGCGUUUCGGCCCCUGCGGGACAAUGGAGGCCUCUCUCCCUUCGUGCCCAGGCCCGGGCCUCUGCAGAGAGUCCUCCAUGCCCAGAGGUCAGAAGUGGGCGAUACGCAGAGAUCCCAGACCUCCUGCACCAGCUCAUGCACCAAACGAAACGCCAUCUCGAGCUCCUACAGCUCCACGGGAGGCUUCCCGUGGCUAAAGCGGAGGAGGGGGCCAGCCUCAUCCCACUGCCAGCCGACCCUCAGUUCCUCAAAGAAGGGCAGUGAGGACAGACCUCAGGCUGUCUCUUCAGGUCACACUCAGUGUGCACCAGGGCAGACACUCGCCCCCAGGAAUGGCUCCCCCAGAUCCCAGGCCUCUAGGCCCCGUGGACGCAAGUUUCCCCUGCUGCCACGCAGGCGAGGGGAGCCUCUGAAGAUGCCACCUCCCUUAGAGCUGGGGUUCCGGGUCACUGCUGAAGACCUGGACCGGGAGAAGAAGGCUGCGUUCCAGCGGAUCAACAGUGCACUGCAGGUUGAGGCCAAGGCCAUCUCGGACUGCAGACCCUCAAGGCCUUCCUACACUUCGUGCUCACUUGCAACAGGGGCUUCUGGUCUGCCUUCUGUUUCUAAAGCACCCAGUAUGGAUGCACAGCAGGAGGGACACAAGCCCCAAGACGGCCUGGGCCUAGUGGCCCCCCUAGCUUCUGCUGCAGGGGCCCCCUCUACAGCUCCUGUGUUUGGGAUGCAGCACAGACCACCAGGCUCCCUCCUGUUCGUCUCCUCAUUUCCCCUUCCUCCCACCUUUUUCUACUUCUGGGACUCAGCCCAGGUCCUCUGGCUGAUUGCUGCACCCUUCCCAGCUGCAAGCAUGGACGGAAGCAUUUCUGGAGCCAGUUCCAGCCCCCCACCCACGCCCAUGGAAAUCGACAGUAGUGAGGCGGACGGAGCUCGGCAUUCCGUCAGAAGAAACCCUUUAAAGAGAAAGGCCAAUUGGUAACAGGGCAUGAGGGGGCCUGAACACCAGGGCGCCCCCAGGCAGAGCACUUCCAUGGUGACCACGGGACCUGGCACAGGGAGCAACUCUGUUGGGUGGCACUUUUGUUUUUUUUGUUGUUGUUGUUUGCCAGAUGCCAAAUAAAUAUUUUUAUUAACUUUC